GUCGCGGCAGAUUUUGUCGGCUCUCCCCCCGGCUCGCUUUUCUCCCUUCUUCCCUCGGGUUGCUGCGGGGCUCCGGAGGACAGCGACGGCCAGGGGCGGGAGUCGAGUGGCGAAAGUUAGUGAUCCCCAAGCCACAGUCCCCAAGGCUCCCUGAGAGGCAAAGGAAAUACAAGAAAACUGAUGACAGAGAGGCUGCACCGUGGCUCUCCAGAUGCCCCACCAUGCCUUUUGUGGACUGGCUCCUCUACCGCUCAGUUGCCAUGUGGUUGCUCCUCCAGAGUUUUGUUCUGAUGGCCUUUUGCUUCCACUCAGCCACCACCUUUCCAAAGGGCUGCUACCCUUCCACCGAAGAUGGCUUCAAAACGUUCCGUUGCAGCAAGGCGCAGCUUAUGAUUAUCCCUAGAGAUAUACCCAAUGAUACCAACAAAUUGUAUCUGGAUUACAACCAAAUUUCUUUCCUGCCUAACGACGCCUUUCAGAAUUUGCCCCUUCUGAUGGAACUCGAUUUGUCUCACAACGUCAUAAGUCGUGUAGAAGUCGGAGCUUUCCGGGGAUUGUCGGAAAGCCUGCAUGCUUUGGAUUUGUCAUCUAACAAACUAGUGUCAGUCAACAAGGAUGUCUUUAGCACACUGAAAGCCAAAGCCAAUCUCUCUAGCAACCCUUGGCUCUGCGACUGCACACUCCAGCAGCUCAUUGAGAGGGUAGAGCUGGCUGCUGGCACCUCUGACGGGAUCGUGUGUGAUGCCUCUGCACGGAAGGAGCACAUUGGCAAGCCUUUUCUACAACUGGUCGGGGACAUAGACUUCUGCAACAUCUACAAAAAGACCACAGACAUCGCCAUGCUGGUCACCAUGUUCGGCUGGUUCGCCAUGGUGAUCUCAUACUUGAUCUACUAUGUCCGGCAGAACCAAGAAGAUGCCCGACGACACCUAGAAUAUCUCAAGUCCUUGCCCAGCAAGCAGAAGAAGUCAGAAGAGUCAUCUACAAUUAGCACUGUGGUGUGACCAAAACCAAAAUGAAAUCUUCCUCACCCCAAAUCCUCAAGAAAAUCAUAGGUCUGCUGAAGUAGAUAGAUAGAUUCUACAUCUCCUUCAUAUGGAAAUUGUCCAAUAGAUGCUGGAAUGCACAAUGGCUGAAGAGACUGUUAUUAAACAAACAAAGAAAAUGACUGGGAAAGGGGCCCUUGCUUAUAUUAAAAGGCCUUCAUUAA